AAAGGAGGAAAUUUUGCAGUCACCACCACCAGGAUCCCAGUAGAAAACAUCAUUGCCAAUGUUGAAUCAGCAAUUUACCAGCUCCCUGAGGAAGAAGCAGAGGAAGUAAGAAUGGAAACAGCAAGGAUCCUGAGAAAUGCAAAACUCCCCCCCAGCAACAUAACGAGAAAAGAAAGACAGGCCAUCAAAGAUCUCAACUCAGAUCCUGAAAUCAUCAUUCUUCCAGCUGACAAGGGGAAUGCCACAGUAAUCAUGGAAACAAAACAAUACAAAGAAAAAAUCAGACAACUUCUAGAUCCCACAAUUUACAAGAAACUGAAACAAGACCCCACUAACAAAAUCACCAGAAAAACGAACACUCUAAUCAAGAACUCCUCCAUUAACUUUGACAUACGCCAACAGCUGUGCAAAUCAGAAGCCCUCCCACCCAGGCUUUACGGACUCCCCAAAAUCCACAAGGACUCCAUCCCACUCAGACCCAUUGUAAGUGCCAUUGGAUCGCCGACUUACAACCUGGCAAAAUUUCUGGCUACACAGCUACAAACCCACAUUGGGCUCACUGCACAUUAUAUCAAGGACUCUACACACUUUAUAGAAAAGAUCAGCAACCUCAAUCUAAGCACCAAGGACAUCCUGAUCAGCUUUGAUGUGGUGUCCCUUUUUACCAAAGUCCCAGUAGCUGACACCCUCACACUAAUCAAACAAAACUUCCCAGAAGACAUCACAGCCCUGUUUCACCAUUGCCUCACCACUAGCUACUUUCAGUGGGACACUGGAUUCUAUGAACAGAAGGAUGGAGUGGCCAUGGGGAGCCCUCUCAGCCCAGUAGUAGCAAAUUUCUAUAUGGAAUACUUUGAAAAACAGGCCCUUGAAACAGCACCAAAAAAGCCAACUGUUUGGUUCAGAUACGUAGAUGACACCUUCACAAUUUGGAGCCAUGGAGAGGAAGAACUCAGCAAGUUCCUGGACCAUCUUAACAGCAUCCACCCAAACAUCCAAUUCACCAUGGAAAAAGAAAAGGAAGGAAAACUGCCAUUUCUAGAUGUUCUGGUCAUCCGCAAACCCAAUCAACAAUUGGGCCACACAGUUUACAGAAAACCUACACACACAGAUAGAUACCUUCAUAAAAACUCCAACCAUCACCCAAGUCAAAAAAGGAGCACAAUCAAAGCCCUGACAGACCGUGCACAAAGAAUCUGCGAACCUCACCUCCUCCAAGGUGAACUCAACCACCUAAACUGGGCUCUACAGGCCAAUGGAUACUCCACCACAGACAUCAGAAGAGCUGCAAGGCCAAGAACAAGCCAUGAGAGUCAAGACAAAGAUCCACCCAGAGGAAAGGUGUUCUUACCAUACAUCAAGGGAACUACUGACCGCAUAGGGAAGCUGAUGAAGAAGCACAACCUACAAACUAUCUACAGACCCACGAAGAAAAUCCAACAAAUGCUACGGUCAGCGAAGGACAAGAGGGAUCCUCUCUCUUCUGCAGGAGUCUACCGGAUACCAUGCAGCUGUGGACAAGUCUACAUAGGGACCACCAAACGCAGCGCCCAAACAAGAGUCAAAGAACAUGAAAGGCACUGCAGACUAAUUCAACCAGAGAAAUCAGCCAUAGCAGAGCAUUUGAUGAACCAGCCUGGACACAGAAUACUAUUUGAGAACACAAAAAUGCUGGACCAUUCUAACAACUAUCAUGUCAGACUACACAGAGAAGCCAUUGAAAUCCACAAGCAUGUGGACAACUUCAACAGAAAGGAAGAAACCAUGAAAAUGAACAAAAUCUGGCUACCAGUAUUACAAAACUCAAAAAUCAGAACAGUAAAUAAAAAGCAAUACUCUGAAAACAGAGGGUUUCCAGACAUGAAUCAACCAAGGGCAGUUAACGACUCUAAACAAAGGAUGCCCCAGAGGCAGGAAGAAGACAGCAGAUAAGCUUUUCAAUGCUAAUUUAAGUGAUUAACUACACACAUUCACACUGACCUCUCUCACCCUAGACUUUCCACAGAUAUAUAUUAACCUCUUUGCUUAGUUUUCUCCAUACCUCACAACCUCUGAGGAUGCCUGCCAUAGAUGUGGGCGAAACGUCAGGAGAGAAUGCUUCUGGAACAUGGCCACACAGCCCGAAAGACAUACAACAACCCUGUGAUCCCGGCCAUGAAAGCCUUCGACAACA